UAAUAAAGGAAUAAUAAUGGGAGAGCUAGAAUUGUCAAUGCAUGGAUUGCAAAUCCAAUGCAAUCAGAAAAUACUUAGAUAUUUGAGAUCAUAUGAGGUAAAAGUUCAGUCAAUCAAAAGAUGCCCAGCUGCGGGAACAUGUAAAGCUGGAAGAUGUAAUCAUAUUCGAACAAAAGAUUAUGUUGAAGAAUUAUCAGAAUGGAAUGAUUAUCCUGGUAAUUCAUUUUGUAUUGAAGGGAAAUCACUUUGGGGAUAUGGCUGUUCGCUGCCUGGAGCAGACUGCUAUUUUUAUAGAGUGUAUGCCAUCCCAAAAUCAGAUGAGAUAUUCAAACUUGUAUCCUGUCCUACAUGGGAUUACAGUAUUGAAGUAG